GAAAACGAGUUGAGGGACGAGCUGUGGUUCAUCGAGUUCGGCAGGGGCGCCGCGCUGCCGUUGACCCCGGAGGAGGCUCCAGCAGACGGCGAGCCGGUGGUACCCUGCGCCCAGGGCCGCGUGAUAGUCGAGACCGCGAGACCCGCGCUGCCGUACUUCGCCAGGUGCACGAAAUAUCGUCACCGGGUGACGGCCGUGACCACGCCGGACGAGGCUGCCGCCAGUACCUCCGGAACGUCGUCGAACGCCACGCAGACGGACCAGCAAUCGACCGGUUCUGGCGGCAACAAAGAUGCCAUCGGCAAGAACCCGUUACUUCCGGCUCGCAGCACCGCGGCGGCCAGACCGGAGGACCUCGGCGUCACGCCUUGGUACUUGGAGGACUAUCCGAUGAUCGAUUCCUCUCCGGGGGCCGCGGCCGAUCGGAGCUCGUAUCCCUCGUGCUCGGAAACGAAGCCGGAGGCGACGUCGUCCCCGAGGAACAGCCCCGUCGAGCAGAUACCGUCGCGGGUCGCGCCAUCGGUCGUGCCUAGGAAAGCGUGCAUGGACCUGAACGAAGCGAUCGCUCUGCUGGACGAGACUUGUCCGAAUCAGGAGCCGUUCCUUACGCCGCGAACACCGAGGACACCGUUAACGCCGCAUCCGAGGAACAAGCGAGCAAGAUCGAAGAGCAGCGACAAUUCGUCCAACUACAGCAACGAACGACUCAGCGACAGAUCGUUCGAGAAGGAGAUUAAGGAGAAAAAACGUCCGUUCCUGAAGAAGAUCGGCGUGUCGAAGACGGAGGAUAAACCGUUCCUGGCGAAACUGGCGCCGAGGAUCAUCGGUAAACCUUACUUGGAGAAGAUCGGGCCUAGCAAGGCGGUGGAGAAACCUUUCUUAGAGAAGAUCGGCUCGUCGAAGACGUUGGACAAAUUUUUCUUCGAUAGUUUGCGUUACGAGAAGAGGCGCGAUGAGAAUACGAAGCCUGCGAUGGGGGGACAGUCGUUCGACGUUCAGAGGAGAAAGUCUAGCAAGGGUCCUCCUUUGUUGAAGAUGUACUCGUUCGAAACGGAAGAUCUGGAAUCGACGGUUCAACCGAAGGAAAUCUCGAGAGCACCUCUCCGCGGUGCUUCGUUGGACGACGUCUUAGAUUCCGGUCCGAGCUCCUUGCCACUGGAAACGACGACGGAGGGGACUACGACCGAGGAGUCGCCGGAAUCUAAGCCGGACAACGAUCAUCGGAAAGAGCGAGUAGUUAGAAACGGCGCCGAAUUGUUAAAGUGUCGCGUUACGACCAGCGAGGAGAUCAUCUUCUCCAACAGCAGCUUCGGGUCCGACAAAGAGCCCAAUAGCUGGGGCAACUCGCCGAGAGGAAGGUGGCAAUUGAAGAGGGACGUCUCGACCCCGCGAACGCACGCGCGUCGUAGAGCCGUCCAGAAUAAAUCUCGAGACAGCGUUCCCAACUCACCGACGAAACGUCCGAUCUCGUCCGGUCGAGAAGAUUACCAAGCCGAUUCCUCGGAGAAGAAUCUUUACUCGCCGUUAAAGACCAGGCGGCAGACUUACGAAGACAUCGCGACGGGUAGGAACGAAGAUCAGGACGAGGAACCGAGCAAACAACCUCAGUUCGAGAGGCGAGGCAUUUCCUCUGACAAUCUUUUGCCUCGCACCGCGUCGACUGUUGACUACCACCAGACGGGAGCUCGAACGAACCAAGAGGCCUCGUCGGAAGAUUCUCUGGCGCACAGAACGAAUCAGGAGUACACCAAAGAAACGUUCAAACAGCUCCAGGACAAGUUUAGGUGUCGCGAGAUACCGACCGAAACAUACGCGGACUUUAAAAGAAGGACGAGGGGAAACCGUGAGAAGAGCAUAAUUGGCAGGCAGCAGGAAUGGAAAGCGAGCGACAAAGAUCAAGCCAAGUCGCAAACGGAAGAAACGUCGAAGAACGAUUCUGCUCCUCCUGAGAGCAAGGAACCGGUCCGUGUUCGUUCCGUGUUGAAGAAGCAGCAAGGCAUCGAACAUCUCAGCGAUCAAGAAUCGGAUACCAAUUCGUCUGUGAGGCGACACAAGCGGAGGAUUUUUCACGAACUGUCGCAGGAGACCACGGACUUGUUGACGGAGCUGAGGAAAGUGAAGAGUUUGUUGAAAACUCCGUCGUGGGAGAAGGAUUUCGAGCUGGACAAGAAGCCGGUCCGACAGGCUAAACGUAUUCUCUUGACCGACAAGGAAUUCUGUUUGUCCGUCGAACGGGAGAACAGCAUUCGCCGUCCAUCGAGAGUGAUCGAUUCGUUUGACAAUGCGAACAAGUCGGACGAGAGAGCGGAAGAGUCCGAGAGCAAAGUUCCUGGACCGGCUCUGUUCGAGAAAAAGUGUCUGUCGUUGGACUACGCGGAUGACGAGAAACCGGCGAAACCAGAAGUCAGGGCAAUAUCCUUGGCCUCGACCAGGAAUUUGCCUUCGGGGACCGAGGAACAGUUGACGUGCGACGCGAAGAGUUACUCCUCGGACGUAUUCAAUACUCCGUCGGACGAAACGAACGAGACGAAAGAGUGCGGAGACGACUCGGAGAAAGACGUUCCGGAAACUUUAAAUCAGAAUCACUGCACCGAGAUCGAUAUUGCUAUUCCCAUCGAUCAGAAAGCGAGUCCCAAGGGCAUUCAGAUCCAGGGUAGGACUAGCGAUCUCUACGAGAUCAUAUCCCCCAGGUCAACUCCUUUCCGAGUGCGGAAGAAGAGGCUCGGCAAGAUCUCCGUCGAGGAGUCGAUCAAGCCAGAGAGUUUCACCCUAGGUUCUAAGGUCGACUGCCGACCUACCGUUAUCCAGAAACGGACCAAGUGCUUCCCUUUAUAACGCACGCCGACCUGCCGCUGGGCGAAGCCCUCUCGGUGACGACGUUCCGGGUUGCGUUGCGGCUUCGUUCUGAACGAAACGAGGGCACCAAGAACAAUGAAAAUGGGAAGUUUGGACGUUCCGUCGUCUCGAGCUUCCUACACACUCGAAUCAAUUCUUUUUAUUAUACGCUGAACGUGUUUCAACUAAUUUACUCGUAUUUCGAUCCGUUUCAUUCGUAAUCACUUGAUAGGAUGUUUAUUAGAUGCCGUUGAAAUAUGAAAACACGAGUGUGUGGUCGUAAAAAGGUGGAGUUUACGCGGCCUGGUUUUAUUGCCACACCCUUCUCUUCGCCCUUGAUUUCUAUCAGAGUGUAACUGGCAAUCAGCAAUUCGCAGUUGCUCUCGGGGAUAAUUGUGCAAUUUUCUUGAUUAAACAAUUCUAUAAUUAAAAAGUCGACUCUAAGGGACGUUUUUGUCCAAAGUACAGCGAAUUUAUUUCAUUUCCAUUGUAUUCUAAACUCGGAACGGCUCUCUCUUUCUCUCUCUCUCUCUCUCUUUCUCUUAAAGUUACUUUAAGCUUGAAAGUCUCGUCGAUGCACGCAAACGCAGAUUAUAUUCUAAAACGUAUCCCGACCACAAUUCUUACCCGGCGCGAUGUUUCGCGAUGAGGAAACGGGCUCGAAGAAGCUUGACAGCUCGUGGCGCACCUUCCCCCCCACGGAGAGUAUCCACGGUCGUGUGUACAGGUGAACCAUAGCGAUGCAGGGUACGCAUUUUCAAUUCUUCGCGUACCUCAAAUAUGUCUUUGUACGAAUUGCAAUUUUCAAUCACAUCAUUUUAUGUGCAACUUUACGAUGAAUAAUACGCGUAAAGAGGAGCACAAUUUUGUUUCGGUGUUACUAUUUUGUCGUCCUAUACUCCUAAUCUCCGGAACAGAUUGAGAUACCAGGAUGAUUCUCGAAAACGAUCUUUCUCGUCUUCGCUUGCUCCGUCAAGUUUCCAAUCAAAGUUAGAGAUUGCAGAGAAAUGCACGCGUGCCCCUCGCUACAAAGAUUCCCGGUACCCACGACUCCUUAAUGAACGACAACGACGACACGGUGUCGCGCGCGUACACAUCUGCCUGUCGAGCAGUGCCUUGUUCGUGGAUAUAUUUAUUUAAACAAAAAGAGAAAACUCCCCCCUCCCCCCCACACCCCAAAAAAAACGAACGCGAAUAGUCCUACCGCGCGGUGCAUAAAUAAAAGUAAAUAUAUAUUCCGACUACCGGGCCGGAUAUUCUGAAUGGGUCCACAGAGUUGCGCUCUCGGUAAACGAUGAAUCGCGGAUGCCUCCUCGUUGAACAACGGAUCGACGUGAACGGGAAGCAUAAAAGAAGAAUUAAGGCACGUUUUUACUGCCGUUAAUUUUCCAUCCAUCCCAAGAUCCAGAUCUAAUUUAAACGCGCGCGAGAGAGUGCAACUCCCACGCUCGCCAAGCCUAUUCUCCGCUCGGCGAAGCGCGUGACGUUUUAACGGCACACAGAAAACCAUGGAAACAUUAUUAUUACUAUUGUACGUGUAAACAGAUUGUUAUUACUAUCAUUACUACUACUACUACUACUACUAUUAUUAUUAUUAUUAUAUGUAUGGUAUCGAGCGAUGCAAGAACGGAUCGUUCCUGAUAAUUUUCUAGGAGUAGAUAGAAUUGACAGUGGCACUUUUGAAAUAACGGAAAGUAAUGAAUAAAUUUACUGUAGAUGUAUAAAUAUAGAAGGGUAAAGUGGUAAAUACAUGCUGUCGUUAUUCCGAUGGAAUAUUUGGACGUAUUCUAUUAUAUAUGUAUAUAUAUAUGAUUAUUAGAUAGUAAAGCAAGUUGGUGAAUAUAAUAUAAUUAUAUAUUUAUAUAUAUAUAUAUAUAAUUGGAUGACAAGUAUACAAGCGUACCAAAGUAAAUAGGUAUGUACACUUGUACGGUAUUGAACGAAAUGUGCCAAAGAUACGAUUUAUUGUAUGUUACGGAUUUACUUUUAUAUAUACAUACAUACACAUACGAUUACAUUCAGAAUCGGUAAAGUGCAAUCAAAGAAAAAAAAAAUAAAAAAAGAAACACACAUGGUGAGCCAGGGUUCGUAAGGCAUAAAUCGUCCAGACUCGUUCUUAAUUUAAAAGAGACGAGAGCAACGGCAUCCUAACAGCCAUCCGUCCAUCUAUUCGGCUGUCCAUGUUCGUCAUCUUUGUGCGUAUCGUUAACGAACAUGCAUCUCUUUAUUUAGUCCAGAAGUUAAACGAAGGGGUAAAAGUCGUAAAAGGAGUAAGAGAUUCUUCGGAAGGUACAACAGCUGUUCUGUUCGCUUAGAUUGUGCUGCUAUCAGUUUGAGCAAGGGAUAUGAGCUAGGAGGCGGUUUCUUUGAUUAGCACCGUUACGUCGUUUACCCUGAUCGGAUGUACGUAACGUAAUUACGAAAAUUAGUUUCAUUGAAUGAAUUUUUGCUUGUAAGAUACACACAUAGAUGCAUCGAGAACUAUUAUACGAUAAUGAGAGAAUACUUACGAAUCGCGAGAUUCGCUGAGAAAGUCCUUUGUAUUUUCUAGUCGAGUUUGUGUGUGAAACAUUUUAUUUCUCGCAGGCGAGAUUUUAAUGGCCAAGAACGAACCCAUCGAAACACGUCCACGAUUCGUUACGGUCGUCGUAUUCGAAACUUUUUAUUCGAAAGAAUUCAUCAAUCGUAAUUACGUCAGAUCGUUUCAUACGAAUUUCUUCUAACGAACAUUGCAACUACUUUAUAAAAAAUAUGUCACGCGAUCAAUCACGGACGUGACUGAAUUUUAUCUCGUUAAGAUUGAACGGCUGAUGAAUAAAAAUGAGACGAUCUAACGUAGAAAGGCGAGAAUUAGCUAAUACGAUCUCUUCAUUUCUCGAGAGAUACAAUCUCGCGUCCAUGCAAAUUUUAACGAUUUUACUACACCGGAUUGUCCGGGAAUUGUUUUACUUGUUUCAGAACGAAAACUAUUUAUUUGUUGUACUUGAUGAAUUUUUCUAUCAUUUCUAGCCGCUAUUUUAAUACUUUAAGGUUGUAGAAUCGAACGAUUAUAUGAAAAUCGACGAAAUUUUAAUGUCGAAUGAUUGGAUAGUUGUUGUUACAUAACAUAUAUAGGUAUAUAUAUAUGUAUAUAUAUACACAUACGUAUAUGUAUUGUAGAAAAAAGUUGAAGAGAGUACGAGUGACGCGGACAAUUUGAGCAAUCGACAAUAUGCUGUGAACCACCUAACGUUUAUUUGCAAACAAUUGUUGAGAGGAGAGUGGUUAUGGAUUUUUUAAAUGUUACGAGUAUUAUAUAGAUAUUGAAUGUUAAAAGAAAAUCUAACAAUAUUCCAAGGGACGAGAAUUCCUUUCGAGAUGUACAGUACCUUUUUAACAUCGAGUGUUUAAAUCGAAUUCACACAUUUUUUCAAAAUGGUCUUUCGAACUGUUCGAUCCAGACGCAUUUGUCUAAUUGUUUAUAACAAAAUAUAUUACACGACUGUUUGCGCAAUUAUUCAGAAAUUUCUAUAUACAUUUCAGAGAGUAUUCCCACAAUUCCUCGCGCCCCGCCCGAGAAUAAACUUCGAAUCUCCAAUUCAUUUAUCGAGCUGAACUAAAGUGUAGAGCGAAUGAGCGACGUUUUGUAAAUUGUGUGAUAAGUGAUUUAAAUAGAAAAGAAGAACACGAUGUGGUACAUUUUGUGUAACAUUGGUACGUUGUUGUAAAUAAUAAAUAGAUCGUAUGUUGUA